CUGUGACUCGACCUACGUCACACAAUAAUAAGGAAGUAGCGGCCAAACAAAACAGCGACAGAGUCCAGCUCUAUGGAGAGAUACUCGCUCCAGAAAGUGAUCGGUGAAGGCUCUUUCGGUCGGGCUCUGUUAGUCCGGUGUAAAAGCAGCCACAGGGAGUAUGUGGUGAAGGAAAUCCAGCUGCCAAAGAAUCAGUCCAAAUUGGAGAAUUCGAGGAGAGAAGCCGCCCUGCUGUCCAGAAUGAAACAUCCUAAUAUUGUGGCCUUCAGGGAGGCAUUCGAAGCUGAUGACCUCCUGUGUAUUGUUAUGGAGUACUGCAGUGGAGGAGACCUGCUCCAGAGGAUCCGGCAGCAGAAAACUACUCAGUUCUGUGUUGAUGAGAUCCUGAGGUGGUUUGCUCAAAUGUGUGCCGCCGCACACCAUAUCCAUGAUAAACGGGUUUUGCACAGAGAUUUGAAGUCCAAGAACAUUUUCCUGACAGAUAAUGGGACAGUCAAGCUCGGGGACUUUGGCUCAGCGUGUAUUCUGAAUAGCUCAAAGGCCUACGCUCACACAUACGUUGGGACACCAUAUUAUGUGGCUCCAGAAAUCUGGGACAACAAGCCAUACAACAAUAAAAGUGAUGUGUGGUCUCUGGGCUGCGUUCUCUACGAGCUCUGCACCCUGCGACACCCGUUCCAGGCAUCCAGCUGGAAGAGCCUGAUUCUUAAGGUGUGUCGGGGUGCGUACCCUCCCCUCCCCGGUCACCUGCCCUACGAGCUGCAGUACUUGGUCAAGCAGAUGUUUAAGACAAACCCAAAAGACAGGCCGUCCCUGCACACCAUCCUGACCUCUCACCGGGUUUCCAGACUCCUGCGCACACAUCUGCCCUCCCAGGCAAUAGAGACGGAGGAACAGGGGAGGCGUACGGGUCGAUGGAACAGAGGAGAGGGAAAGAAGGUGGCUAAUCUUCUGGGAGAGAAGAGUUUAAUAAAAACAUCAACAUUUGAAGGUGUGGAGUUACCAGAAGCCCACUGUGAAAGCAGAGAGCCGGGUUCUCGAAAGCACUGGGCCGCUGAGCCAUCAGACACCGUUAUGAAGAUGUUGGCAAAUGCCACCCUCAUCUCGUCUGACAGCAUGGCAUCAACCAACCACACCCUCACAGGUGUGUCAGAGGAGCCAGAGGACAGCAGGCAGAGGAAACGAUGGGACAGGGAUCCCCCCGAGAGACUUCUGAGUCUGUUGGAGAAGGCCAGACUUAGCAGAGCCUCCAGCACCUUUUUAAUAAACAGAGGAGGUGAUGACCCCCUGGUGGGACCCCUCUCCCAGGGUGACGACACAGACGGUCCUGAGCUUGAAGUGGCUGUAGAUGAGGACCGACUGCAGCCACGCUCUGACGACGAGGACACAGACUUUGAGGAAGAAUCUCCAUGUGACUGGAUAGAUGAAGUUGAGAAAAUGUUUUCGGAACACUAAAGCCUCCUUCCUCCUGAGCCUACAGAGGCAGUCAUUGUUAAUGUUUACAUUCACUAAAAACCCUGUUUGCAUAUGCCAAAAUCAUUUCACUUGAUAUGAGACCAUGUGUUAUGAAUAAUAUGAACAAUUUUUAUAGCAGGUUCUGUACAUGUUUACAAAAACAGUUAAGCUCAUGCAAAGAUUUUUAUAAUGUAUGUUUUAAGCUCAGAAACAAAACACUAAAAUUGAAUUGAAUAUU